AUGAGAAUCCACGGGAUCGAAGAUGCCCACAUCAUCUCCCCUAUGACGAGAACCAUUUACAUCGUCGGUCCUUCAUCCACUGGCAAAACAACACUCUGUGAGGUCCUCGCCAAACGCCUCGGAUUGUCAGGCUCGGCGUACAUCACAGAGGUCGCCCGCCAGGUGAUGAAGGAAAAGGGGUACACACGAGAAGAUGUGGGGAACAUCCAAAUGCAAAUGGACAUCAUGAUAGAACAUUUGAAGCGAGAAGAAGCAGGCCUGUCGGACGAACACAGGAUCGUUUUGUGCGACAGAUCAGCCAUCGACCCGGUCGUUUAUGCCAGGCUGACCGCCCAGAGUUCGGGCGAGGAUCAAUCUGGGCGCCUGACAGACAGUCAGGCCUUUCGAGCAGCCUUGGAAAGGUAUCGGGACCCGUCGUCAUUGUUCAUACUCUUGGGACCUGUGACGGAGUGGAUCAUUGACGACGGGAUCCGUUCCCUGGAACGGCAGGAAGAAUGCCUUCAACUGUAUCGCGAGUGUAUGAAGCUUUACGACAUUCCCUACAGAGAGCUUGGUCAGGACACCAGGAACAUAUUGGAACGGAUGGUAUUUACCAUAGGUCUUUUGAACUUCCCUACGUCUAUUGUCUAG